AUGCACGAAAACACGCUCGUUUGUGAUAUGGGAAACAAACACGGUUGUCUGAGUGCCGCUUGUUCCUCCAAACAUGCAAAGAAGAGUUUAACAAUAGCCACAACAGAAAACAUUCAAAAUGCGUCAAAUAACGAAGAAGAAAAUCGAUUAAAUAUCAAUCAUGCGAAUGAAGAGGAACUAAUGCUUCUCCCAGGAAUCGAUCGUCGUAUAGCACAAAAUAUAAUCGAACAUCGUCAAGCCACCGGAAACUUUAAAAAUGUAGAAGAUGUUGCCUUAGUAAAUGGUAUUAAUGCUGAUGUAUUCGCCAUCAUUUCCGCUGACAUCUGUAUUGAAAAUCCUCCUGAAUCGGAUAAUUUGCACUUAAACUCGAAGUCAUCUACAAUCAUGACACCAUCGAUACCACAAACUGGUACAACUGCUACACAUAACAAUGAACGUGUAAAUAUAAAUAGCGCUACACUUGACGAACUUCGAACAAUACCCGGUUUAGAACAGAAAUUAGCCGAACGAAUAAUUCGACAACGAGAAAAGAAAGGACCAUUCCAGUUUGUCGAAGAUAUGUUAAAAAUAAAAGGUUUUAAUUACAUGGUAUUAGAUUCUAUUAGACCGCAUGUAACAGUUGAUCAUCAACAAGUCAAUGAGUCUGAUGAUAAAUGUUACGAGUGCACAAAUCAUAAUAAGAAUGGUACGGAUACAAAACAUGGUAGUGUGAUAACCGUACCGGAUGGUCUCAGUUCAUCUGCCGAUGAUAACAAUAAUUUAAAUUCAAUGUUAAAUCGAAAAAAAAGUAACAGUGACUCAUUAUCAAUUGCGGCUCUAUUGUAUGACAUGCUACCAUCUGAAAUUCAUGCAAUGCUGCUUUCUUAUACAAAUCCAUUAUUGGAACGAAAACUAUUACUAGGCAUAUGCCAGAUAAAUGUCGAAUCUAACGUACGUUUCGCAUCAUGGAACUUGCAACAGUUAAAUUUAGAUAAAGUUAAAAAUCCUGGUGUACGCGAAGUUAUUUGUAGAACAAUAUUAGAAUAUAAUAUAAAUUUGAUUGGAAUACAAGAGAUUGGUCAUAAAGACGCUCUUGAUUUAAUUAUUGAUGAACUAAAUAAUCCAUCAUUAUCGUUAGUCAAAGAAUGGAUGGGCAAACCUGGUAAAUGGAAACAUACCACUAGUGAUUCAUGCGGAGAAAUGCGUCAGGGAAAUGAAUAUCUCGGUUACAUUUACGAUGAAUCAUAUAAUAUAACAUUGAAAAAGGCAUCGUUAUUUCCACUUAAAGAUCACUUUACUCAUUUACCCUAUAUUGCUGUUUAUAAAAUUCACAAUAUUGAAAUUGCACUUGUAAAUGUACAUUUGAAAGCCACACAUCUUGAUGAAGAAGGCAAUGUCAAAACAGUAGAUAAAGCAUUAUCGUUAUCUGCAAUGGCCGAAGCAAUGAAGGAUACAAUAGAGCAGAAACGGGUGAUUAUUUUUGGUGAUUUUAAUCAAAGUCCAGAAUCAGAAGAAUUCAAACCGUUAAUUACACAUGGUUUUUCUUAUUUGACAAAUGCUAAUACAAAUAUAAGUAAUCAAACACCAAAUGGUUCCACAUGUGUUGAUAAUAUGUGGCUGUCUACAGAAGUAAAACAAUUUCAUACAAAUAAUUUUGGUGUUAUUCGUGAUAAUUUAACAAGUCCAUGGAUUCCAAACGGCUGGGACUGGGGUGGACUUGUCUCCAAUCAUUGUCCAAUUUGGACUGAUUUUGAAAUUUCAGAAUACUGUUGA